AGGAAUAAAAGAGGACAGUAAUAUUUCAAGCAGAAUAAGGGAGGAGAUUUGCCGUCGGCUCUCCUAUUGGUUUAGUGCAACCGUGAUGGCAUUGAGGAGACGGCUUUAUACUUUAUAAAGCUCCCCGAGAGUGAGGAAACCACUACUGCUUACAGCUGAAGUGCGCUGAGGAAAAGCCGCGCGAUAACACUGAACCAUGAGUGAGAGGCAAGGAUCUGGAGCAGCCGGUGGCAACAGCAAAACCUCUGGGGCCCAAGAUGCGUCUAAGAAAGACGCCCCCGAGGACAUUGACAUCGACAUGGACGCCCCUGAAACCGAGAAGGCCGCCGUCGCCAUUCAAUCGCAGUUCAGGAAGUUCCAGAAGAAGAAGAAUGAUGAAAAGUCAUAGUUGCCAGCAGACUUCUCUGUCCAUAUGGCCCCAUCAGGACAGCAUGGUUUGAUGUUGCAUGUAAUAGAAUCCAUUCUGUAUGGACUCAAGGCAGGGGGAGGGGAAAGCAAGGUCCUAAUCUGUCAGUCUGUAACUGUGAACUGCGUAGUUUAUAUUAAUUUUGAUUCUAGCUUCAUUCUCCUAGCCAAGAGUAUCUGUUAUACUAGUGGUGUGCAUUGUUUUCUUUUUACCUCAAAGUGCUGGAUUACCAGCCUGUCCUUUAUUUGUGAAAGCACAAUAUAUUUUAAUUGUGAGCUGCUUAUGAAAUUGAUUUUAGACAGACGAUGCAAGCAUUACAUGUACAUAAAUAUAUAAAAGAACUUUAUUCCCCCAACUCACCAUUAUUAGUCCUCAUGAUAAAAUGCUUUAGCAUACAUUCUCAUUUCAGAGGAGUUCUAAAAAUAGCUCGUCUUUUGAAACCCAUAUUGUUGAAUAAUUCCCAGCUUAUCUUCCCAAAUCCUCACUGUGUGCUCGGUUCUCUUUAUUGAUUCUUGAUGUUGAAUUCAAUGCUGAAUGCUGACUUGAGAGCGAGUGUUUGAUUGUCUAGUUUGCUGUGGCAUAUCAUAAUGUUUCUGUUGAUUUUCUUCCUUUGCAAAGGAUCGUGGCACAAACAGUAGCCAAAUCAAACUAUUUCUAUCUCAUCUCAACUCUUAUAUCAACUCAGUCUGAUUGAAACUAUUAAUAAACAUCCUUGAGUCUGUGGAACUAAA